GCUGCCAGCUUUCAAAUCAAAGUGAGUGAAAAAGAACGAAAGUGGACGGGAGAGUGUGUUCGAAACUGUGUGGAAAUGAAAGAAAAAACUGAGUAAAAUUGUGAGAUGAAAAGGAUACAUGAGAGAGCUGUCAAUACCGCUCUUGCUUAUCUUUCGAUCACCCCUCCCCGUUUUACGUUCUUUUUCCCAUCACUCAUUCGAUUUUAAUUCAAUAUUUAAUCCUGUCAUUCCUAUCGAUAUACUUUUUAUACAUUCUAUAUUUGUAAAUUCACUUAAUCAACAGCCUUCUGCUUCUUCCGGGCAGUUACCACCUUCUCUGCCUCCCAUAACAAUCCCCCAACCCAGCAAUUCCUUCUCUGCAAGACAAGUAAAACCACAGAUCAAAACCAACGUUGCGGUGGCUUUCUCAGAGUGUAGUAGCGCACAAAAUUCCCCAACAUCUGCCUGUUCAUCAACUGGUUAUUGUCCAUCGUUCCGGCAUCCGGGUGUCAAAUCGGCGGCGAGAAUCGCCGCAACAUCGCAGAGCCCAAUGCGCUCUUUAUCAAGUGCCUCUGGUGGUCUUUAUUUGAGUGCUCCUGGUAAAAUAAUUCUUUUCGGUGAACAUGCAGUUGUAUAUGGACGGACUGCAAUCGCGGGUUCUAUAGAUUUGCGCACUUAUUUGUCUCUUUUUACCUCAGCUGAUGGACGCAUUUAUUUGUGUUUACCUGACAUGAAUAUUGAAAAGACGUGGUUACUGAAAGAUUUGCAGAGAGAAAUUUCCAAACUUCCUAAUGAUCUUUUUCUGCUAGCAGAAGAGCCUCCCUCCCUAGAAUUAGUUGUCCCCAUUGCAAAAAAAUUAUCUGGCGCUUCAGAAGAACAAAGUGGUGUACAAAAUUUAGCAAUUCUUGCUUUUUGGUAUUUACUCAUCGGUGUGGUAAUCCGCCGACGGUUUGUUUAUUUUUCUAUUUGCCUCUGGGUUCUGUACUUUUUACGUCAGUGGUUUGACUUUUUUUUCUAUUCUCCAUCUUUUCGUAGGGCUUUGGAUAUUCAACAACAACAAGAAGAGAAUGAGCAACAACAGAAUUUAGACGAUGCUUCCUGCUCAUUACCACAGACCGAUGGAUCCAAAACUUGCCAGAUGCAGGACCCAAAGACCAAGUCCGUAAAGCAACCUUUGUCUGUUUGGGAUCUCCUAGCAGUAAAAGUCACUGUUCGUUUUAAACUCCCCUCCUGUGUAGGACUUGGAUCAUCCGGAGCGUAUUGUGUUUGCAUUGCUACAGCAUUGCUUCAAACUGCUGGUCUAAUACCCCCUUCGUGUAUCCGGAAAUGGUCUUCAGCGGCAGAAUCUUUAAUUCAUGGUAGAGCGUCAGGACUAGAUGCGGCUAUUUGCACUUAUGGUGGAAUUGCAAGUUAUAUGCCUGGAAAGCGGCUAGAAAACUUACAAAAGGUUGAGAGGAAUACUUCUCGAAUGGUGCAAACAGUUAAAGAUAAUUAUAAAAAGUAUCCAGCAGUUGUUGAACCUAUUUUUGAUACAAUUGAUGCAUUAGCCUACGAAGCGGCAAAAAUACUACAAAGGCAAUUCUUUUUACUAAAUACAACAGAUAGAGGAGGUGGAGGGGGAGAGAAUGGUUCUUCAUUAGAGAAUGGUGGACGUUCGGCAGCGCUAAGUCCUCAAAUUACUUUAACUGACGGGCCCGAUUUUGCAUGCAAUAGUGUUGGAAGCCACCAUCAAAAAAAUCUUCAGCCCUCUUCCUCUUGUGCCGCAGGUUCAGGUGGUGGUCGCUCUCCCUCAUUAGGCGGAGGUUCUUAUGCAGCUGGAGGCAAGCGCGGUUCAAAUGCCUCAGCAAUUAGUGGCGUUUCUGCUGGGACAACACGAAUUGAAAGAAGCGAAUUAACAGACACCUUUGACCGACUCAAUGAGCUUUGCCGUAUAAACAAUCAACUACUAAUUGCACUCGGGGUUGGACAUGCUAAAGUUGAUCAAAUUAGCACACUUCUUGGAAGAUACGGCAUUUACCCUAAAAUGACUGGCGCAGGUGGGGGUGGAUGUCUAUAUGCGUUUUUAAAACCUGAAACGUCUCAAACGCUGCUUAACAUGAUUAAAGAUGAGCUGCGCAAAGAUGGCUAUGAAAUGUGGCAGCCUGCGCUUGGUGGCCCGGGCGUCUUGCAACAUCAAAAUAAACCAGAAUUGUUCGCAUCUGCCUCCAACAGUUCAAGCGCCUCGAGCACUGGAAGGGGAAGUAGCUCUUCAGCAGCAGUACCCGUCUAUGGUGGAAUUUCUUCACGUUCGAACACGCCUGCCAGUUCUCACCAGUCGACCCCGGCUGUUCGACAUAAAAAAUAA